UUUUUUUGCAGGCUGGAGCUCUUGAUUUAUUGAAGGAGCUUAAGAAUAUUCCCAUGACCCUUGAAUUGUUACAGUCUACCAGAAUUGGAAUGUCAGUGAAUGCGAUACGCAAGCAAAGCACAGAUGAAGAAGUUACAUCUUUAGCAAAAUCUCUUAUCAAGUCUUGGAAGAAACUGUUAGAUGGACCUUCAACUGAUAAAGAUUCUGAAGAAAAGAAAAAGGAGGCUGCGUCGUCCUCACAAAACAGCCCUGAAGCAAGAGAAGAAAGCAGUUCAAGCAGCAAUUCCAGCAGCAGGAAGGAGGAGGGUAGUGCUUCCUCAAAUUCUUUCAUCCCUUCUUUUCCCCGGGCUCCAAGCACUUCAGAUUCUGUAAGAGUGAAAUGUAGAGAAAUGCUCUCUGCAGCUCUCAGGACGGGAGAUGAUUACAUAGCCAUUGGUGCUGAUGAAGAAGAGUUGGGUUCUCAGAUUGAAGAAGCUAUUUUUCAAGAAUUAAAAAACACUGAUAUGAAAUACAAAAAUAGGGUACGAAGUAGAAUAGCAAAUCUCAAGGAUGCAAAGAAUCCUAAUCUAAGGAAAAAUGUGUUAUGUGGGAACAUUCCUCCUGACAAGUUUGCCAAAAUGACAGCAGAGGAAAUGGCAAGUGAUGAGCUGAAAGAAAUGCGCAAAAAUCUGACCAAAGAAGCUAUCAGAGAGCACCAGAUGGCUAAAACAGGAGGUACCCAAACUGAUCUGUUUACAUGCGGCAAGUGCAAAAAGAAGAACUGUACAUAUACACAGGUUCAAACCCGCAGUGCUGAUGAACCCAUGACAACAUUUGUUGUCUGUAAUGAAUGUGGAAACAGAUGGAAGUUCUGUUAGAAGAAGAAAUUGUCAAGACAUCUGGACCAGUAUGAAAGAGGAUUUUGUAAUUAGCUUUAAAAAACUAGGCUAAGCAUCUAGCUUUCUGCAAAUGAGAGGAUUUUGGGGUUUUGUUUUUUAUUUGUGUUUUUUGUUUUUGUUUUGUUUUGUUUUUUUUUUAAAGCUGCAUACAUGCCUGAAGUUAGCUUUUGUUUUGACACAACCAUCAUUUCCUUAAAUGGCUUCCUAUAGCUGAUAGUCGGUAGGGCCAGGUUGCUCAGUUGUAUGGUGAAUGUUAAAAUAUUUUUUCAUUUUUAUAAGUAAGUUACAUUAAACUUUUACCAAUUAAACAUUUUGGUAAUUGGCUUGGUUUUUUCUAACUAUGUGAGUAAUGUACUCCUAUUUUUUGCGGUCUGAAACAUACACGCUCCUCCGAUAUGUAUUUUAUCUCUCCACAUUUGUUCAGUUGUAAGAAUGGAAUUUUGGUUUUUGCUGCUGUGUUCUCUAGUUUUGCAAAGAGAAAAGGUAUGUAACUUCAUCUGAUUACAUUAAACAGUUGUUAACUAAA